GUGGCUCCAUGUUUUGUAGGCGUUUGUUGUUUCUCUCUUCGCUCGGGUUCACGGACGGGUUUCCAUUUUCAUGGAUGGGUUCAACCAGAAGAACAACAAUAAUAUGGAUCCGGACAUGGAGGACAAAACCCUGGAGCUGAUGUGUUCUUUGCCUCGUUCUGUCUGGCUGGGUUGUUCGUCGGUGGCAGAGAGUCUGUGUGCUCUCAGAUGCCUGCAGAGCCUCCCGUCCUCCCGGGCCCACAACCAGAGCAUGACGGUGAUGGAGUCACAAAAUAACACAGAUGACGUCUCACCAAAGAAGACAACAGUGUUUAAGUUCGGGAACUGUUCAGUGGCAGGUUUGAGGAAGAGGACGUCACAGGGGAAUUUCGAGAAAGAGAAAGAUCUGUGCAUCCAGCUGUUUGAUCAGUGGUCAGAAUCGGAUCAGGUGGAGUUUGUGGAGCAUCUGAUUUCUCGCAUGUGUCACUACCAGCACGGCCAUAUAAACUCAUACCUUAAACCCAUGUUACAGAGAGACUUCAUCUCCGCGUUGCCAGCUCAGGGUCUGGAUCACAUAGCGGAGAACAUCCUCUCGUUUCUCGAUGCUCAUUCUCUGUGCUCUGCUGAGCUGGUCUGUCGAGAAUGGCAGCGGGUCAUUUCAGACGGGAUGCUCUGGAAGAAGCUCAUCGAGAGGAUGGUGCGCACAGACCCGCUGUGGAAAGGCCUGUCAGAGCGUCAUCAGUGGGAGAAAUAUUUAUUUAAGAACCGAACAAACGAGGUUCCGCCCAAUUCAUACUACCAUUCACUCUAUCCCAAAAUUAUACAGGACAUCGAGACUAUUGAAGCGAACUGGCGUUGUGGACGUCACAAUCUUCAGCGGAUUCAGUGCCGGUCAGAGAACAGUAAAGGUGUUUACUGCCUUCAGUAUGACGAUGACAAGAUCAUCAGCGGCCUGCGAGACAACUCCAUCAAAAUCUGGGACAAACAGUCUCUGGAGUGUCUGAAGGUCCUGACGGGUCACACUGGUUCGGUUCUGUGUCUGCAGUACGAUGACAGAGUCAUAGUGACGGGCUCCUCUGAUUCUACUGUCAGUAACCCUGAACAGCUAUAA